CUAGAUUGUUGUCGGUCCUGCCAACAGCCGAGGGCGCGUCUCUCCUCUGCCAUGGCAUCAGUUUUGAAGGAAUCCAAAGGUGAAAGAACGAUUGUAGUUGCUGGUCUUCCAGUUGGCCAUUUUGAUGAUCAAAUUCUGACCAUAUUAGUGAAGAGUCACUUCCAAGAUAGUAAGAAUAAGGGCGGAGUUGUCGAAGAUGUGAGGUAUCCAACAAGAACCAGGGGAGUUGCAUAUGUAACAUUCGAAGAAAAAAAAGUUGCAGAGAACGUCCUCAGGGAAAAGGAACACUAUCUCGGAGAGAAGGGCGGACUCUUUCCACUAACAGUCUCUCAUUUUAGUGAAAAGGUCUUCAGCUCUGUGAAUGCCAUACUUGAUCUCUCCAUUUUUCAGAGUCGAGACUAUCUGCAAAGUCUGGUGAGGGACAUGGAAAGGAAAAAUCCAACUUUGUGCUUCAGGUCUUUGGAAGACAAUGGAAGGGUCUCCGUUCAAGGAUCAUUUCCGGCUAUCAAGAAGCUCAAAGAAUCUUUGCUGUUACAAGCAAGUUCUCUUUUCGGAAAAAACAGGAGUUUAAUCAGUGAGCAGGAAAAGAGGAGUAGACAAAGCCCCAGAAAGAGCCCACAGAGAAGUGGCAACUCUCUGGAGUCACUCGAGCCCUCAGGACCCGAGACUCCUAGUAGUGGGGAAAUAGUUGUUCUCGACACAGAUGUUUUUCUUUACCUGAAAAAGAAGAGAAGUUUUUAUGAAAACAUGUUGAAAAAAUAUCAUGUUCUAUGUCAGGAGAGAGUGAAUGGUGAAAUUACCACAAUUUACAUAAAAAAUGCUCAAGUUGGUUCUCAGCCCAACUAUGAAAAACUUGUGAAAGAGUAUAUUGAGAAAUAUGCACAUGCUCUUCACUUUGAGCUUAAAAAAGAGACACUGGUUUUAGAAGGAAAUGAAAUGAGAGAGAAAAGAAAUAUUAAGUUGGCAUGUGAACAACUAAGUUCAAGGUACCUUCUGGUUCUGAUGAAUUUUUAUGAGACACACAUUGACAUUAUAGGACCUUCUUCUGACAUUUAUUCAUUUAAAAAAGAGGUCAUGAAAUUAAUAAGGCAAACAGUUAGGUAAUAGAAUCUCAGCAAUAGUGAUGAUGACUGUAGCUUUCCUUACUGAGCAGUGAUGACUCUGUGCAUAACACUACCUUUAUUUACACACUUUAUCUUAUUUAAUCUUUGAGACCAUGCUUCAUUGUAGGCAUUGCUAUCCUUAUGUUAUAGGGGAAGAAACCAGGAUUUGGAGAGGUUAAAACGCUUGUCUGAGGUUACCUAGCUGGCAAGGAAUGGGGCUGAGGUUAAACCCAGUUUAUGUGACUACAAAGAUGAUCUCUAAGGUAUAAAACUUUGAAAAAAAAAAGUACUAAACUUUGAAGAAAUCUCACUUUCUCUGC